AUGCCUCAGUUGCUGCGAAACAUCCAUGGGAUCAUCGAAGCCUUCGGGUGCUAUGCCAGGUCAGAGGGUGGCUGCAAAGUCCUCACGAAGCAGGAGCUGAAGAGGCUUCUGGAAUAUGAGUUUGCCGACGUCAUAGUGAAGCCCCAUGAUCCUGCAACUGUGGAUGAAGUUCUGCGCCUGUUGGAUGAAGAUAACACAGGAACUGUAGAAUUCAAGGAAUUCUUGGUCUUGGUGUUUAAAGUUGCCCGUGCCUGCUUUAAGACACUGAAUGAGAGUCCUAAGGGUGCUUGCAUGUCUGACACGUCUGAAAGCUGCCAUGCUGGAUCUUCCAAAGAGCCGGAGCAAGGACAGAGGGGUGGUGCUGAAGUGGCAAAGGAUGGAGCAGCACAGCACUGUGAAAACAGCAGCUGUGGACAGAGAGAUCAGGCUUCUAGAGGACAGGACAGGGUGGGGACACAUACCCAGAAUCAGGACAACUACCCUACAUGGGUCAGCAGUCAUGACAGGCAGGCUGAGUCUCAGACACAGGAGAUGAUAAGCCAGCAAACACAAGUGACAGGACCAGUGGAACAGACCCCAAAAAUAGAAGACAAGAGUUGCAUCAGACAGAAGAGAUCAGAGAGACAACCACAGAUCAGCCAACAGACAGAUGAGAUCACAACUGAAUCCACAACUCAGACCCAAGCAGGCACCGUCUACACACAGGGAUCUACCUGUGAUCAGAACAGAGGAACAAACAGCCUUACCCAAGACAGAAGUCAGACAGACCAAGCUUCUACACAACACUACCAGACACGGGCAGGGUCUCAUACUCAGAUACACAACCAGACGGUAGAACAGGGCUGGGGACAGCAGACAGGAAAAAACAACAUCCAAAUACAGGGAUCUAGCUAUGACCAGAGCAGAGAGACUGAGAUUCGUGGCCAAGAUAGGAACCAGGCAAGCCAGACUGCUAAAGAACACCACCAGGCACAGGCAGAGUCAUAUACUCAGGCGUACACUCAGACAAUGGAACAAGGCAGGAGCCAGCAGGAAGAAAAUGGCAGUAUCCAGACUCAUGCUUCCAUCUGUGGCCAAAACAGAGGAACCGAGAUCCAUGGGCAAGAAAGCAAUCAGGUAGAACAGGUGGGAACAGGACACUGCCAGACACAGGCAGGAUCAGAUACCCAGACUUCGGAACAUAAUGGGAGCCAGUCUGCACGACAAGUAGUGGCUCAAGAAAAGGGACAAACCCAGACACAGUCAUGCACAGGGCAAAGCUGGACACCAGUGAGCAACUAUGAGACAGGAGAGCCAGUGCUAGGACAGGUCCAGACUGAGAUAGACACUGUUAAAGAAAGACAACCGUGGAACAGCAAUCACCCAAGUCUGGCAGGAAGGCAGGGAGAAAGAGUCCCCACAGUGGUUAGAGAUGAGUGGGUCAAUGACCACACAAGAGAAAUAGUGAUCCGAAGCCAGGAUCCAGGCAGCCUGCACUCUGGUGCUCCUUCAGCUCAGGGCCAGGAUACAGCACAGAUGGAGAAGAAAGGAAUCACAGCCAAGGGAUUAUAUUCGUACCUGAAGACAGAGCAGCCAUGA